AGAACGAGAGAGGGAGAGCUUUUAAGGGAUUUGGCAGUGAUUUGUAGAAUCUCACUGCAGUAAUGUUUCGCUCUCCCUCUACUUUUCCCUGACCCUGCCACGAUACCACAGCCUCAAAAGUCAGUGAAAUCACACCUACUUCUUUUUUUUAUUUUUUGGGGGGGGUGACCAUUGUUUUCGGUGUGUUGUGGUGAUUUUCGAGAGUGCACGGUGGCUGUCUGAGAUGAUAGCGGAUUUACUUUCAGUGAGGAGAGGAGAGCCUUGCCUCCAGAGUAUAUAAUCACAUUUUGGACCAUGGACGCAGGCCUGUGUGGAGGAGCUCAUGUGAUGGAUGAGAUCAGGACCGGUCGAUGAAGAAUGGGCAGGUGUCAAAUGUAGAGGGAGUGGCCUGGUGCUGUCUGUCAGUACCUCCGCUGGUCAUCAUAAUGACAUCGGAGGCCUGCUCAUCCCAUCGGUGCUCCUGGCUCAGUUCACUGUCCGGAUGCCCGACGUGGUCCGGGCCGCUGUGGGUGCUGCUGGUGGGCAUCAUCUCGGGCUCACGGGCUCAGCAGGGCAUCCAGCCCCAGUCCAUCAAGAUCGAGGGCGACAUCACUCUGGGCGGGCUGUUCCCCGUGCACUCCCGCGGGCCGGCCGGGGUGCCCUGUGGUGAGGUCAAGAGAGAGAAGGGGAUCCACCGACUGGAGGCCAUGCUGUACGCCCUGGACCAGAUCAACAGCGACCCGGACCUGCUGCCCAACAUCACUCUGGGGGCGCGGAUACUGGACACCUGCUCCAGAGACACCUACGCCCUGGAGCAGUCGCUCACGUUCGUCCAGGCCCUCAUCCAGAAGGACACCUCAGACGUCCGCUGCUCAAACGGAGAGCCCCCCAUCAUCCCAAAGCCAGAGAGGGUGGUCGGGGUGAUCGGGGCGUCUGGCAGCUCGGUGUCCAUCAUGGUGGCCAAUGUGCUCAGACUGUUUUCGAUCCCCCAGAUCAGUUACGCCUCCACUGCUCCGGAGCUGAGCGACAACAGCCGCUAUGAGUUCUUCUCCCGCGUGGUGCCUCCCGACUCCUACCAGGCCCAGGCCAUGGUGGACAUCGUCAAAGCCAUGGGCUGGAACUACGUCUCCACGCUGGCCUCCGAGGGAAACUACGGAGAGAGCGGCGUCGAUGCCUUCCUCCAGAUAUCCAGAGAAGCAGGAGGGCUGUGUAUCGCACAGUCCAUAAAGAUUCCCAGAGAGCCCAGACCAGGGGAGUUCGAAAAAAUCAUCAAGAGACUAAUGGAGACCUCCAACGCUCGUGGCGUUAUAAUCUUUGCCAACGAGGACGACAUCAAACGGGUAUUGCAGGCUGCCAAAAAGGCCAACCUGACAGGACACUUCCUGUUUGUUGGCUCCGACAGCUGGGGGGCCAAAAACUCCCCGAUUCAAGACCAGGAAGACGUGGCUGAGGGGGCCGUCACCAUCCUUCCAAAGAGAGCUUCUAUCGAUGGGUUUGACCAGUACUUCGCCACGAGAUCUCUGGAAAACAACAGGAGGAACAUCUGGUUUGCAGAAUUCUGGGAAGACGACUUCAAGUGCAAACUAACUCGUCCUGGUAUAAAAUAUGAACCUGGUAGAAGAAAAUGUACAGGGGAAGAAAGAAUCAGUCAGGACUCUCAGUACGAGCAGGAGGGCAAGGUGCAGUUUGUGAUAGAUGCUGUGUAUGCCAUGGCCCACGCCUUACACAGCAUGCACCUGGACCUCUGCCCCGGCUCCAUGGGCGUCUGUGAGAAGAUGGACCCCGUGGAGGGACGGAUGCUCUUACAAUACAUACGCUCUGUCAACUUCAAUGGCAGCGCAGGAACUGGAGUGAUGUUCAAUGAGAAUGGAGACGCUCCUGGACGGUACGACAUCUUCCAGUACCAACUGUCUAAUGUCAGCAACCCCGGAUACAAGGAUAUCGGUCAAUGGACGAACCACCUCCGAAUCAAUCCUGAGGAGAUGCAGUGGUCAGGAGGUGACCGGAAGGUCCCCGAGUCGGUGUGCAGUUUCCCCUGCGAGUCUGGUGAGCGGAAGAAAAUGGUGAAGGGCGUCCCCUGCUGCUGGCACUGCGAGCUCUGCGACGGCUAUCAGUACCUCCUGGAUGAGUUCUCCUGCGACAUGUGCCCCUUCGACAUGAGGCCCUUGAAGAACCGCACGGGCUGCCGGUCCACGCCCAUCAUCAAGCUGGAGUGGAGCUCUCCCUGGGCCAUCAUCCCCGUCUUCCUGGCCAUUCUGGGCAUCCUGGCCACCAGCGGCGUCAUCGCAACCUUCAUCCGCUUCAACGACACGCCCAUUGUCCGGGCGUCCGGCAGGGAGCUCAGCUACGUGUUGCUGACAGGCAUCUUCCUCAUCUACCUCAUCACCUUCCUCAUGAUAGCUGAGCCCAGCGUGGCCGUGUGCGCCUUCCGCAGGCUGCUGCUGGGUCUCGGCAUGUGCAUCAGCUACGCUGCCAUGCUCACCAAGACCAACCGGAUUUACCGCAUCUUUGAACAGGGCAAGAAGUCGGUCACGCCCCCAAAAUUCAUCAGCCCCACCUCUCAGCUGAUUAUCACCUUCAUACUCAUCUCAGUGCAGGUACUUGGGGUGUUCAUCUGGUUUGGUGUGAUGCCCCCCCACACCAUCAUCGACUAUGAGGAGCAGAAGCCUCCAAACCCAGAGUUUGCCCGCGGCGUCCUCAAGUGUGACAUGUCCGACUUGUCCCUCAUCUUAUGUCUGAGCUACAGUAUUGUACUGAUGAUCACCUGCACGGUGUACGCCAUCAAGAGCAGAGGGGUUCCCGAAACCUUCAAUGAGGCCAAGCCCAUUGGCUUCACCAUGUACACGACCUGCAUCAUCUGGUUGGCUUUCGUACCCAUCUUCUUUGGCACAGCGCAGUCGACUGAGAAGAUGUUCAUCCAGACCACCACCCUGACGGUGUCCAUGAGCCUGAGCGCCACCGUGUCCCUGGGCAUGCUCUACAUCCCCAAGGUGUACGUCAUCAUCUUCCACCCGGAGCAGAACGUGCAGAAGAGGAAGCGCAGCUUCAAAGCCGUGGUGCAGGCAGCCACCGUGUCCACGCACCUGUCCCAGAAGUCCAACGACAAACAGAACGGAGAGUCCAAGAUCGAGCCGGACAGAUCACAGUGAAGCGGCACGGAACGGCGCCACGCUUUCAUCACCUCACGUAAGGAGCCCACGGAUGUGCUGGUUGACGGUCUUGUUGGCUGGAUUCGUUCUUGUCACUUCUUCCCCUCAACUACGGAUUUAAAACACCAGCAAACGCGUUCUCGGUUUCUUUUCACACUUAAAAUUUCUCAGAACUACUACACCUGGAAUGGAGCACAAAAGGAAACAAAAAGGCUCACCCUAAAAAAGGGGCAGCUUAUUUCUUUUUUUUUACACUUUGCACAAUGAUUUUCCCAUGUAACAUGAUCCACAAAUACACCUGACACUGACAAAGGGUUAUUGUUGGCUCGAACUCUCCUUGGGAAAUGCUGAGUAGGAAAAAAAUAAGAUGCGCUUAAAUGGCGACCUUUGCCCUACAGGAAGAUGUACGUGUGUGUGGAGUCCCUCGGGGCCGAUGAAAUGUUGUUUGUCGUCUCCAAAAGCACUGCAUGGAUUGUGUGUUUAUGUGUACAUGAAUGUCUUGAGAGAUUGUUUGUAUGGGGUAUCGUGACUUUUUCUUCUGAUUGCACUGGAAGGAAGUAGCUUUUAAAGGGCACCACCGCGUCCUGUUACUAUUUCUGAUGUACACCUGUGGGAAGGUAGAAUCAAUCACUACACUGAAACCACUUGUGGCAGAACCUUUCAAUAACCAAUCUCUAACACGACACGGCAUUUUGCUGACAUCUGUGUUAUGUGUACAAUCAGUUUUAACUUAUGCCGAUUCUCACUGUGGAAACUGUAAAUUCAAAACACUGUACACAAGUGACUGUGAACAGGAAAUGUAUCUUUAUCUUCUGGUACGAAUUCCACAGCAGGGAAAGACUACGUUUGGCAUUUCCCUAUAUUGUUCCUCAAAUUAUCAAGCAGUUAUGUAUGGCAACAUGCCAAACUCAAACACAAGCUGCUGUUACGUUCAUGCAUGGAGAACCUCGUCAGAAAGCUUCACUGCAUCAGUUGAAUUUGAUUUUGUGCCAUGAAUGCUUUUCUAUAAAUACAAAAAAUUUCUCAUUUCUGCAAAUAUUGUAAAACAUUUAGCAUGAGGCAAAGUCCUGAAUUUGACAACAGUCCCUUAUUUACCUGUGUAUUAUUUGCUGUGGGCUUUUUUUUGUUACUUGAUCAUGAUGUACAUUGUACAACUCAGGUUUUACUGAAGGUGUUUGGACAAAUGUCUUGUCUCAAGGAUUUACCUCCUGUACUGGUGCAGCUGUGAGAAA